AUGAGAAAAAAACCUUUUAAGGAUAACGGAAUAUAUUUAGAAAAACACGCAAAAGCAUUACUAGAUUAUUAACAAACAUCAGAAGAAGAAGAUGUCAAUACAUAAUCUAAAUAUAGAAUCAAAGCGAUAAAAUAUAAAAAUAAUCUGAUUGAAUCUUAAGAAGUAAUCUAAGCAUUAAAAAUGGAAAAUUAAGAAAGUGUAAUUCAUUAGAAUUAAUAUUUUAGAAAAAGAUUAUUAGUGAAUUACUGUUAGAUAUUGAAGAGAUGAAGGAAAGAGAAAAACAAUUAGAAUCUGAAUUAAAUGAAUAAAAAUAACUAACAUAAUCAGCUAUUGAAUAAUUGGAACAAGAACUUUAGGAAUCUGUAGAAGAUCGUUUAUUGUAAGAACAAAAGCAAUUCUAAGAAAAGCUCACUAUAUAGUCGAAUGAAGCAAUUGAAAAAUUGAAGAAGCAUUUUGAUGAACAAUUAUAGAUAAUUGCCUAAACACCAAAAAGUACUCCUUCAAAAAAAAAAAAGAAAAAGCAAACCUCUUCUAGCACAUCUAACUUAAGACCAUAAAGUUAAACAACAGGAAGAUCUCCUGCAGCAGUAUCUAAGAAAAAAAAAAAAUGA